AUGAACCGUACAGUACGGGUGAGCGAAAUGCAGGAGCUUCUUCGCCAUUACGCGCAGGAGAUUAAUGCUCUAGAAAAUAAAAACGACCUUCAUUGCAUCAAGGACACCCACGACAAUCAUGACUUUAGGGAACUAAUGGAACUUAUCCAAUCCCAGAGCUACCGUACGGAUUCCUUACACAACCCUCCACACCGCAGCCUGCGUCUUACCACGAGGCUCUCAGGCGAUAGGGCGUCCGCCGCGGACGACUGGGACCGCUCCAAAGAUGAGGCAUUACAAGCGAUCACCGCAAACCUUCUGGUCGCCCACUCAACACACAAAGCGCAAGCGGGUGUAUCGCAUGCCGAUGGGGUUUCUGAGAGCAUGGCAGAGUCGCUUCGUGUUCUGGCUGAAGGUGGGAUAUCCGGAGAUGCAUUUAGAAACCUGCGCUUGCGUCUUUUGGAGCAAAUGUUAUUGACGCAGAGGGAAAAGAUCCCUCCGUAG